UGGGGGAAUGGUGGGCUUAGAUGCCUUCUCUAUCUAGCUGUCCCUUUAUUGUCUUUGCUUUGCCGACCUUUGAAGCAAUGUAAUUCCAGUCGGCUGAUAAACAGAUCUAUCUUGCCUUUUGGAGAAUGGACUCUACAUUGUUUCAAGAGUCAGAGCUGAUGAAGAUGGAAGCAGUGCUGAAUUGUUCUUCUCAACAUGAAAAGCCUUGUGGUCUCAUUCUUCAGUAUGGCACAGCUGGCUUUCGGACCAAAGCAGAGCAUCUAGACCAUGUUAUGUAUCGAAUGGGCUUGCUGGCUGUACUAAGGUCAAAAAAGACGAAAUCUGUUAUUGGUGUUAUGGUCACUGCAUCCCACAAUCCUGAGGAAGAUAACGGUGUAAAACUAGUGGAUCCCAUGGGAGAAAUGCUGGUGCAGGAAUGGGAAGUGUACGCCACCGACCUUGCAAAUGCAGAACAAAAUGAAUUGCAAGCAGUUCUUACUGACAUUAUCCAAAAAGAGUGUAUCAGUUUGCAGCAGGAGGCCUCUGUAGCCAUUGGAAGAGACACCAGGCCAAGCAGUGAAAAUCUUGCUCAUGCAGUUAUAGAUGGAGUUACUGCAUUAAACUCCAAAUACCAUGAUUAUGGUCUAGUCACCACUCCACAGCUGCACUACAUUGUUUGUUGCUGCAAUACUGAAGGAAGAUAUGGAACACCAACAGUGGAAGGAUACUACAAUAAACUCUCUAGCGCAUUUAAUAAUUUGGUCAAGCAGGCACAUGACCAGGGAGAUAAAAAGAAAUGUUUGAGCGUAGAUGGAGCAAAUGGCAUUGGUGCUCUAAAGCUGAAAGAAAUGGAGGAGUAUCUUCAGUCAGCAAUCUCCGUACAGUUGUAUAAUGAUGGCUCAAGGGGAAAACUCAAUCAUUUGUGUGGUGCUGAUUAUGUAAAAGUACAACAGAAGCCUCCCCAGGGUGUAGAGAUUAAACCGGGGGAGCCUUUCUGUUCAUUUGAUGGAGAUGCUGACCGUAUAGUUUACUACUACAAUGAUAGCGUUGGUCUUUUUCAUCUGCUUGAUGGAGAUAAAAUAGCUACUUUAAUAAGCACUUUCAUUAAAGAGCUUUUGCUAAAGAUUGAUUUAACUUUAAAAAUGGCAGUGGUGCAAACAGCUUAUGCAAAUGGGAGUUCUACCAGAUACCUGGAGGAGGUUAUGAAGGUUCCUGUGUACUGUGCAAAAACAGGUGUGAAGCACUUACACCAUAAAGCUCAGGAGUUUGACAUUGGUGUUUAUUUUGAGGCCAAUGGCCAUGGAACAGUACUGAUCAGCAAAACUGCUGAGGAGCAGAUACGACAUCUGGCAAACAUGGAGCAGAAUGAUGAGAAAAAGAAAGCUGCCAAUAUGCUUCUGAGUUUGAUUGAUUUGAUUAACCAGACAGUGGGUGAUGCCAUAUCAGACAUGCUGGUAAUUGAAGCCAUCCUUUCCCUCAAGGGUUUUACAGUGCAGACAUGGGAUGCAAUUUAUACUGAUCUGCCAAAUCGUCAGCUAAAAGUGAAGGUUGCAGACAGGAAAGUAAUUGAAACUACUGACGCUGAGAGGCGCACAGUAAAACCACCAGGGCUCCAAGAAAAAAUUGAUGACCUUGUCAAGAAUUACAAUAUGUCAAGAUCAUUUGUACGACCUUCAGGAACAGAGGAUGUUGUGCGUGUGUAUGCUGAAGCUGACACACAGGAGAAUGCUGAUCGCCUGGCACAUGAAGUAUCUCUAGCAGUUUUCCACAUUGCUGGAGGAGUAGGAGAAGAACCCAAGCCCUUAUGAUGAAGGCGCCAGCCAAUUCUUCUGGAAACUUUUUUUUUUUUUUAUAUAUAUAUAAAACUCUCUAUAUCUGCAAAGUUAUUUACCCACAACUAAAUAUUAUAAAACUGGAAUCAUUCCUGAAUGUGACUUUAUAUUCCAUUCUUUCUAAAACUGAAAUAUGAAAUGUAUCUCUAUAUCCUGAUAUAGGAUGAUUUUUAUAUGAAGAAACGGCAGAAAUCAAUUAAAUACUAAAAUAUAAAUUAAAAAUGCCAGACAUGUUCAUUGGGCAAAUAACGUAAUUAAUCAAAGGUAACUUUUAUACAAAUAAAGAUAUAUAAAUAUUUUGAA